CUCCCAGAGCUGCUGGCUAUCGGGCACAGCGAGAAUGACGGAAUCAGGGUUCAAGGCGACAUGGAGUAUAUAUAAGGAUUGUUGAUCUGCCGUUUUUAGUUGUACAUCAAUUCAAUCAGCUCAUUAUCCACCCCUGCAACAUACUAUCAUACCUUCAUCUCCUACAACCUACUCAAGCAACAUCUACUCAAGAUGUCAGACCGAAACAACAACGGCUAUGCCAACGAUGGCUAUUCGGAGACCAGCGACUACUCCAACAAAGAGUACUCGAACAGGGACAAUUAUGCGCAGCAGGACCGGGAUUUCCAAAGAGAGUCGGCCAACAGUGGCUAUUCCAACAACGACUAUGCGCGACAAGACAGAAAUCAGCAAGGAGAGGCCAACGGCUACUACCAGCAGAAUAACAACCGCAAUAACUACGCGCAGCAAGACCGACAGCAAGACCGGAAUCCAGGAGGAAACCGAAAUAACGGAUACUCAAACAACCAGGGUUACUCAAACAACCGUGACCGAGGGUACUCCAAUAACGACUACAAUAACAACGGCCAAGGCCGCCCUCGCUUACUGAACUUCCGCCAGCGACGACAGGACCGCAGAAACGGCAAUGGUGGAGGCCGAGGAUUCGGAAUCAUAUCCGGCAUUCGACAGGCCAUUGUGGAGAAGAGCACGGGCGGAGGGUCAAGUGGAGGAAACGGCGGGAGGUAUUAGGUUGUUGAAGUGUACACACACACAGAGAGAGAGAGAGAGAGAGAGAGAGAGAGAGAGAGAGAGAGAGAGAGAGAGAGAGAGA